AUAGCCUCUUGUAAUAAUAAUAGAGAAACAGAACAAAGCCUAAAGAAACGAUAUGAUGUCAUUUUUCUCCCUAACUUCUCUUCUGCUUCUGCUUCUCUCUCGUUCGUCGGUGGUUAUCUCGGAUGGUGAGUCUUUCCAGAAACUUCCGGUGCCGGAAAAUAGGUCAGGCCCUGAAGCUUUCGCCUUUGACUCCACCGGAAAAGGAUUCUACACCGGAGUCUCUGGUGGUAAAAUACUCAAGUAUACUCCUCAGACGGGGUAUGUCGAUUUUGCACAGAUCACAGAAUCAUCGAACUCUUCAUGGUGCGAUGGAGUAGUUGGGACGGCUUUAGCCGGAAGAUGCGGUCGACCGGCGGGGAUAGCCUUCAAUGAAAAAACAGGUGAUCUCUACGUGGCCGAUGCACCGUUAGGUCUUCACGUUGUUUCUCCCGCCGGUGGCUUGGCCGUAAAGAUCGCCGACAGUGUUGAUGGAAAGCCCUUUAAAUUUCUCGAUGGUCUUGAUGUUGAUCCAACUACUGGUGUCGUCUACUUCACUUCCUUCAGCUCACGCUUCACCCCAAUCCAAGUGUUGAUCGCAUUGGGAUUAAAGGACGCAACCGGAAAACUCUUCAAAUACGAUCCAUCGACUAAGGUCGUGACCGUGUUGAUGGAAGGUCUAAGUGGCUCCGCUGGCUGUGCCGUGAGCUCGGAUGGUUCGUUCGUGCUGGUCAGUCAAUUCACAAAGAGUAACAUCAAGAGAUAUUGGAUCAAGGGACCUAAAGCUGGUUCUUCUGAAGACUUCACAAACUCGGUCUCGAACCCUGACAAUAUCAAGAGGAUUGGUUCUACUGGAAACUUUUGGGUCGCUUCGGUUGUGAACAAGAUCGUCGUGCCUACUAACCCAUCAGCGGUCAAAGUCAAUUAUAAUGGUGAAGUGCUUCGGACAAUUCCUCUAAAAGAUAAAUUUGGGGAUACUUUGCUUAGCGAAGUUAACGAGUUCGAUGGUAGUUUAUAUAUUGGGACUCUCACUGGUCCUUUUGCUGGAAUUCUUAAGCUUUAAGUUUGUUUAAUAGUAUGGUUGGAUCUUUGAUUGGAAGGCCGCAGGUGUUUACCAUAUAUGUGAAGUUUAUAUGUUUUUUUUUUAAUUUUAUUGAAUGUAAAGGUCACAGUCAUAUAUCAUGGUCUGUUUGCCUUUGUAUUAAAAAUAAAAUGUUUUUAUUCUUUCUAACCAAA